AUGGCGACAGUGGUGGUGCAGCAGCAGACGCUGCGGCACUCGACUCCUCCCCCGACCGGUUUAACCCCGGCAUUGAGUCUGAACAGGACGUCAUCCCCCAUCCCGAACAAACAUAUACCUGUUUGCCCUACGGGUCCAUCCCCGGUUUCUUCUCAUACACCACCUUCAGCUACCAGGGACAAGACGGUUGAUCAGACCUCUUCACUGCUGUAUCCGCCCGACGGAUUUCUACGGCUGACUCAAUCGCCUCCUCUGUACUCCAUUGAUCUGAAAACCCUAACAGCUUCCUUGGAGUACUUGGCUUCUCAACCCCUACCUGAUCCGUCUCUGGUGUUCCCGUGGCUGCACGGACUUCACCCAGAAAAUCAUCUGCAAGUGGGAUUCUUCACCAACCGAAGGCGCUCUCUGCGACGGACUCCGAAAUGUUGGCGUGGUAUCACAAUCGUCAAGGUUGGUGGCGAUUUAUCCACCGCAAGGAUCAAGGGCGCAGUAUCUCCUAAUGAGAUCCUGGUCCCUUCUGGCGUGGAAUUCCUCCCAGCAGAUCCCCGUGAAGGCUUCUCCGUGCGCAACUUCCAGAUACAAACCGCGAAGUUGGCACCACUAUCUGACAUUGUCAUUUAUGGCGAGGAUGGUGUGCAGAAAAGAGAUAUUCUCGAUGUUGCAGGACGAGUAGCAACGGCGCAGCACAACUGGAGGGUCAAGAAUGAUCCAGAUCACAGCUUUCCGAUCUAUAACACCUUUGUCCUUGCCUGUCCCUUUUCUGAGAUCGAAAGAAGGGCCCCGCAGCUGGUGGCUGUUAGUUCCAAGGGUCAGCUUACAGGCCAGGUUGUGGAUUUUUUUCAAUGGGAACGGCUGGAGAUGUGCGAGAUGUCGAAAGCCUCCGAGAUCUCAACGAACGUUUGGCUAGGUCCUACGCCCGACUACCUAUUGCGACCUGGGUCUUGCGGGCCUGCACCUACCGAGAACUUUGAUCUACUGAUUGAAGCUAGCGAGCUUGCGAGUAUCCCGGGUCCUCGUUAUCUUGCCAAGCUCAAUAAGCAACUCGAAGAAGGUCCCCAGAAACUGGAAUUUCCCUCAUCAGGCUCCAUCCUUUUGCCUUCCGGCGAGCACAGAGAGGUCGAUGAUCUAGUCAACACGGUCCGCUGGAUCUACUACCUGGCGAACCCGGACGAACCAGAUCAUCAACCCGAUGCGGAUGGAGAUAUUCCGAUGAUUCCUAUCACCAAGACAGCACGGAAGAUUCUCAUCCAUUGUCCAGACGGUUAUACUGAGAGCUCGUUGCUGGCAAUCGCGUACUUGAUGUUUGCGGAAGGGAUUUCAGCUCCUAAUGCUUGGCUCAGACUGCACAGUGAAAAGAAGCGGAAUUUCUUCGCGUACCCGUCCGACAUUACGUUCAUGAGCAGCGUCCAGGGAAGACUGAUGCAGGAGAGCCCAGCAACUCGAUCACAUAAAAUCAAAAGCUUCCCUGAUCCUCCCUGGUUCAGAUACUGUGACGGCUCUCUUCCAAGCCGGAUUCUGCCAUAUAUGUACCUGGGUAAUUUGUCACACGCCAACAACCCAGAGAUGCUGUGCGCGCUGGGAAUCAAACGCAUCCUCAGCAUAGGUGAAACCGUCUCGUGGAGCAGUUCCGAGGCUGCUAAGAUAGAUCCUAAAAACCUCCUGCAUAUUACUCAGGUUCAGGAUAAUGGGAUCGACCCCUUGACGCAGGAAUUUGACCGCUGCCUCGAAUUCAUCCGACAAGGGAAGUCCGAUGGGAUGGCCACAUUAGUGCAUUGUCGAGUGGGCGUCUCGCGCUCAGCGACAAUCUGCAUCGCUGAAGUUAUGGCGUCAUUGGGCCUGUCGUUCCCUAGGGCGUACUGCUUUGUCCGGGCAAGGAGGCUAAACGUCAUCAUACAACCCCAUCUACGAUUUGUUUAUGAGCUACUCAAAUGGGAGGAGCUUCAACUACAGAAGCGGAACAAGCCUGCAAGGCGAGAGCUAGAAUGGGCUACCGUGGCUCGCGAGAUCGCAUUGAUGAACAAACCCUACUCUAGACAGUGA